CUCGUACCUUUAAACAAUCUUAGCCCGGAGUUAAGCCCGUGCAUAUUCUGAACAGUGUACUAUUAAUUAAUAAUUAAAGCCAUCUCAAAAUUAAAAUCAUCAUUCAUUUCUAAAACUCCAAACUUUCCUUCCUUCGGCUAAAACAGACGAAGAAUAUAGACUAUAGUGAUGGGGGCAAGCAGCAAACAACAAAGGAAUCCAUCUCAUGUGGUAGAAGCUACAAACCCGAAUCUUCCUCAUGAAAUUAUUGUAGAAAUUCUCAAAAGGGUAGCUGUCAAAUCUCUCUGUAGAUUCAGGUGUGUUUCCAAAUCAUGGCUCUCUUUAUUAUCUAGUCCUCAAUUUGCCAAGUCCCAAAUCGAUUUAGCACUCAAAAGCAACACCCUUUAUUCCAAGAGACGGAGACUGAUGUUCUCCUCGUAUAAUCUUUACUCUGUUGACUAUGAAUCUAUAGGUAUUGAUAAUGGUGAUAUUAUAGCUGUUGAGCUUGAUUAUCCUUUGAAAGAUAAAUCUAAUGAAAUUUUGGGUCCUAGCGAAAAUGAUGGAAUUUAUUUUAAAGUGUCUGAAGAUGAAGAUGAAAAUCCAGUUAUGGUUAAGGUAGAUGUGCAACCCUUUGUCAAUUCAAGAAACUGGGUUGAGAUUUGGGGUUCUUGUAAUGGAUUAUUGUGUAUUGCCCCAGAUGAAGAUUCCCUUUUCUUGUUUAAUCCAUCCACUAGAGAAUCCAAGAAAAUUCUUGAAGAAUCCAAUUAUGUCACUGCAUUUGGGUUUGGAUAUGAUUCUACUAGAGAUGAUUACAAGGUGGUGAGAAUCAAUGCCGGUGUUGCUUCUAGUGUAUAUUCAUUGCGAACUGAUUCUUGGAGAAAAAUUGACAACUUUUGUCAUGAUUUUUGUUUUCAUCACUCUGGAGUGUUUCUUCGUGGAGCUAUUCAUUGGAUGGCUAUAAAUAGGGAGGAGGUUGAUGAUGAAUACUAUGUAAUUUCAGCUUUUGACAUGGAGAAGGAACUGUUUUGGGAUAUGCCAGCACCGGAUAUGGAAGAUGAUGAUUCUGAAUUUAUGCUUGGAACAUUAAAUGAAGAUCUUUGUGUGCUUAAAAGCUUCAAUGAAAUGCAUAAUGAUUUCUGGGUGAUGCAUGAAUAUGGGGUGGGUGAGUCAUGGACUAGGCUUACUAUCAGCCUCUCGUAUAUAUGCAUGAAGCCACUGUGCUUGGCGAAAAAUGGAGAAGCUCUACUGGAUAUUGAUGGCAGAUUGGUCCAAUACAAUCUGGAGAACAACACAUACAAGGAACUAGUGGUUCAUGGAAUUCCAGUUGGGGUUGGAUUUGAAGCAGAUACCUAUAUUGAGACCCUCAUUUCACCUAAUGAUUAUUCUGGGAGGGAAACUUAGAUGUACAAAUAGCUUUAUUGUACAAAUAUCAUAGAAGAAUUCAAAACUUAGAUAUGCAUUGUUUGCAGCUUAUCUUCUUGUACCAUCUUUUUUGCCGCUUAUCUUCUUGUACCAUCUUCUUUUUAAGUGGAUUAUUGGUUUUCAUCACAUAAAAUUUGUGAAUUUGUUUGGAUAUAA